CCGAGAUCACACACACACACCCACAGUGUCUCCAUGGCGAUGCGUGUGUGUGUGUGUCUCCCCCGGUCAGCGUGAGCUGUGUGACGUGGAGCCGCCAUCCUGACGGACCCGCCGGCGCCGGAAGCCAUGGCCUCGUCCGUGCGCUUCACCGUCACACCAAUCAGAGCCGAGGACCUGCCCGACACGCCCCCGGACACACACACACUCGCACACACACACGCCAGGGUCCGCUUCGGCUCGCGGGAGAGCGUCAGUCGCAGCGAGGCGUCCGCAGGGGUCACGACCUCCGACACGCCCGAGCAGGGGGAUCAUCUCAGCUACGGUGACGGUGUGAAGUCGUCCAGCGUUUACAUCAAUAACUCUCACGCCGUUGAUGACGAUGAUUUCUACGACAGGAAUCUGGCUCUGUUUGAGGAGGAGAUGGACACUCGCCCCAAGGUGUCGUCUCUGCUCAGUCGUCUGGCGAACUACACGAACCUCACACAAGGCGCCCGAGAGCACGAGGAGGCCGAGAGCAUCGGAGAGAAGCGCAAGCCCCGCAAGUCUCCUCAGAUGGGCACCUUCAUGGGUGUGUACCUGCCGUGCCUGCAGAACAUCUUCGGCGUGAUCCUCUUCCUCAGGCUCACAUGGGUCGUCGGGACGGCAGGGGUUCUUCAGGCGCUGUGUAUCGUCUUCAUCUGCUGCUGCUGUACGCUGCUGACGGCGAUAUCUAUGAGUGCCAUCGCCACUAACGGAGUCGUUCCAGCGGGCGGGUCGUACUUCAUGAUCUCCCGCUCGCUGGGGCCUGAGUUCGGGGGGGCCGUCGGCUCCUGCUUCUAUCUCGGCACCACCUUCGCCGGGUCCAUGUACAUCCUCGGGGCCGUCGAGAUCCUGCUGAUGUACAUCGCUCCCGGCGCCGCCAUCUUCGUCUCUGACGGCCCUGACGGCGAGGCGGCGGCCAUGUUGAACAACAUGCGUGUGUACGGCUCGAUCUUCCUCGCGCUGAUGUCCCUGCUGGUGUUCGUGGGCGUGAAGUACGUCAACAAGCUGGCGUCGGUGUUCCUGGCCUGCGUCAUCGUGUCCAUCGUGUCCAUCUACACCGGAGCGCUGGUGUCCGCCUUCAGCCCGCCCUCCUUCCCUGUGUGUGUGCUGGGAAACAGAAGCCUCUCCCAGCACGAGCUGAAGGACGGCCAGUGCGGGAAGCUAAUGCUCCGGGAUUCGCUAGUGCAGGAAUCCGCUAACUUCAGCGAGAGCCUCAACGGCACCGAAGCUCCUCCCGUCACUGCGGGCGCGCUGGAGAAGAGCACUGACCUGUGGCGGCACUUCUGCAACAGCUCCGAACUGAACGCUGUGUGCGACGAGUACUUCCAGCACAACAACGUCACCGAGAUCAACGGACUCCCGGGACUCGCCAGCGGCAAGAUCGCAGAGAACCUCUGGAGCUCGUACUCCGCUAAAGGAGACGUUCUGGAGCGCGGCGUCCAUCGCUCCGCCCACUCUCCCGCCGUGUCCAAUCACUAUCCUUACGUGUUUGCUGACAUCACCACCUCCUUCACGCUGUUGGUCGGGAUCUUCUUUCCCUCUGUGACUGGAAUCAUGGCGGGCUCGAACCGUUCUGGAGAUCUGAAAGAUGCUCAGCGCUCGAUUCCCAUCGGCACAAUCCUGGCCAUCCUCACCACAUCCCUCGUGUACCUGAGCUGUGUUCUGCUGUUCGGAUCCUGCGUGGAGGGCGUCGUUCUGCGGGACAAGUUUGGAGACUCGGUGAAAGGGAAUCUGGUGGUCGGCACGCUCUCCUGGCCCUCGCCGUGGGUGAUUGUGAUUGGCUCGUUCUUCUCCACGUGUGGCGCUGGCCUCCAAUCCCUGACCGGCGCUCCUCGACUCCUGCAGGCCAUCGCUAAAGACAACAUCAUUCCCUUCCUGAGGGUGUUCGGGCACGGGAAGGCUAAUGGAGAACCCACAUGGGCUCUCCUCCUGACUGCGGUUCUGGCUGAGCUGGGGAUCCUGAUCGCGUCGCUGGACCUCGUCGCUCCAAUACUGUCCAUGUUUUUCCUGAUGUGUUACCUGUUCGUGAACCUAGCCUGCGCUCUGCAGACGCUGCUCAGAACGCCCAACUGGAGGCCGCGGUUCUCAUACUACCACUGGACGUUGUCGUUUCUAGGCAUGAUGAUCUGUCUGGCUCUCAUGUUCAUAUCGUCAUGGUACUACGCUAUCGUCGCCAUGGUGAUAGCCGGAAUGAUCUACAAAUACAUCGAGUACCACGGGGCAGAGAAAGAGUGGGGCGACGGCAUCAGAGGUCUGUCUCUCAGCGCGGCUCGCUUCGCUCUGCUCCGGCUGGAGGAAGGACCACCACACACCAAGAACUGGAGGCCGCAGCUGCUGGUGCUGCUGAAGCUGGACGAGGACGCCCACGUGAAGUCUCCGCGCCUGCUGACGUUUGCGUCUCAGCUGAAGGCAGGGAAGGGCCUGACCAUCGUGGGGACCGUCAUCCCGGGCAACUUCCUGCAGACCUACGGCGAGGCCCUGGCCGCGGAGCAGACUCUCAGGCACCUGAUGGAGAAGGAGCGCGUCAAGGGUUUCGUCCACUGCAUCGUGGCCCAGAAGCCCCGCGAGGGCAUCAGUCACAUGAUCCAGUCGAGCGGGCUGGGUGGCAUGAGGCACAACACUGUGGUCAUGGGCUGGCCACUGGCCUGGAGGCAGAGCGAAGACCCGCAGAGCUGGAAGACCUUCAUCAACACGGUGCGCGUCACCACGACGGCUCAUCUGGCUCUACUGGUGCCCAAGAACAUCUCUCUGUUCCCGAGCAAUAGCGAGCCGUGCACUGAGGGCUUCAUCGACGUGUGGUGGAUCGUGCACGACGGGGGGAUGCUGAUGCUGCUGCCGUUCCUGCUCAGACAACACAAGGUGUGGCGUAAAUGCUCGAUGCGCAUCUUCACCGUGGCCCAGAUGGAGGACAACUCCAUCCAGAUGAAGAAGGACCUGGCCACGUUCCUGUACCACCUGCGCAUCGACGCGUACGUGGAGGUCGUCGAGAUGCACGACAGUGACAUCAGCGCGUACACGUACGAGAGGACUCUGAUGAUGGAGCAGAGAUCGCAGAUGCUGCGGCAGAUGCGUCUGUCCAAGUCGGACCGCGAGAAAGAGGCACAGCUGGUGAAGGACAGGAACUCGAUGCUGCGCCUGACGAGCAUCGGCUCUGACGAGGACGAGGAUGCCGACGGGCCGGAGAAGAGCGCGGAUCACCGGCGGGUCCACAUGACCUGGACCAAAGACCGGGCCCUGCAGCUGCUCAGCAACACACACACACACACGGCCUCGUGCUGCAGCACGCCGGAGGGCUUCAGGGACAUGCUGAACAUACGCCCAGAUCAGUCUAAUGUCCGGCGGAUGCACACGGCUGUGAAACUCAACGAGGUGAUCGUCAACAAGUCCCAUGAUGCUCGGCUGGUGCUGCUCAACAUGCCCGGGCCGCCCAGGAACACGGACGGGGACGAGAACUACAUGGAGUUCCUGGAAGUGCUGACCGAGGGUCUCGAGCGAGUCCUGCUCGUGCGAGGCGGAGGAAGUGAGGUCAUCACCAUCUACUCCUGAGAGCCAAUCACAGGCCAGCGAGGGGACGCGUGUGUCUAA